AUGGAACAAAUCUCUCGCCUUACCCCUCGAGUUGGGCUCUGCGCUCCGGCAGAGGAUUCGUCCACCAAAUGGGGCCGAAGACUCUGUGAUCAUGUUUGGCCGACCUCAUUUGGCCGAGAUAAAACGCAUGAACGUUGGACGAGUGCAUCUGUCGCCUCUCUCGCACGCCGUCAAGCUGCUGUCCUUUAUCCCGUGGUGCUUCUCGGAAUCGCCAUUCUCUUCGCUCGUAGUCACUUCCUCACAGUCGCUCAGGCGUCACCCGCCGUCGACUUUGAAGCGUUUCCCCUCCUCCAGUAUGAAACGUUUAGUGCAGGCAUGUCAAAAGCUGCGCCUGUGAUGCUGGGGGCUUGGGGCUCCUCGGCGUUGAACGGCGCCUUGGCGGCGGCGACGGUAAUCGUGGCCGACUCAGGGCAGCAGUCUGAGGGCCCCGGGGGCGAGGGACAGGCCCCGGACGAGAAACUGCUGGAGCACCCGCUGCUUCAGCAGCAACUGCGGAGCUUGUCGAAGAAGAACAUUUACAUCUUUCGCGCGACUCAUGUCCCUGUCGCCCUCGUCGACGCGCUCCUCGACCGCGCCCAAAAUGUGCUUCUUCUCCUUCCGCCUCGCGCACCCGAGGAGACCGGAGAGUCCGGCGCGCUCGAUGAGGCGCAGGUCUCCGAGGCAGAGCGCAAACGCGUGUACGCUCUCGAGCAGCGCCUGAUCACCAGGUUCUCGGCGGGCGCCUGUGUCUUUGCCUUCGAAACCCCCGAGCUGGCUACUCUGUAUGAAGAACUCCGGGAACAGCAAACGCGCUUUCUCGCAAAUCCAAACUCGCUCUACGCCAACUCCCUCCUGCCCGCCUUUCUCUACAAAGGCCUCGCCCCCACUGUCUCCAUCCAGCGCGGGCCUCUGCCGCCCUCGCACUUCGCUGCGGGUCUGCAGAGCGCGAGCCGCCUCUCGGCGCCCCUGCAGGGACGGAAUGUCUUUGCAUGGCUUCCUGGCCGCAGGCCCCAAGAGGGAGGAGCGGCCCCCACGAUUGCCAUCGUGGCGCACUAUGAUGCAUUUGCUGCUGUUCCGCAUCUCGCAUUCGGCGCCGAAGGAAACGGAAGUGGAGUCGCAGCGCUCAUGGAGCUGGCGCGAAUCUUCUCUCGUCUGUACUCGGGAGCGGAUCAAGAAGACUCUCAGAGUGCGAAGGCAGGUUCUCGUGAGCCUGGGAACUACUCGCUUCUUUUCCUUUUGGCGGACGCCGGCGCUGCAGAUUUUGCCGGGGCGGCCCAGUGGCUGGCGAAGACAGAACCGAGGAUUCUGGAGUCGAUCACCUACGUCUUGUGCCUCGACGACAUCGCCGCCUCGCCCCAGCUGUAUCUCCACACGGCGAAAAAGUACAAAGAACCCCGUGUGCGGAAGCUUCUCCAAAGUCUGGAAACGGCGUUCGUGCAAUCGGAUUUGCUUCUCACCCUCGACCCGAGGAAGAUCGUCGUCCAGACACCUCCCAAGCCUUUCUGGGCGCACGAACAUUUCACGAUGAAGAAGGUGAUUGCAGGAACUUUGUCCUCGAAGCCUCACGGCGGUGGCCUCUGGGUACGGAGCUCGAUUCUCGAUCAAAAUUCCUCGGCGAAGUCGCGGGAGAAUCUUCUGCGCGUCGUGGGAGCCCUCGCAGAAGGCCUGGCUCAUUUCGUUUACGAAGUGGACGACUUUUCAGUGAACAUCAUUGAAGGUUCGAAUCGACCUCUUGCCUCCUUCCUCCACUCCUGGCUGUCUCUUGCCUCUCGUUCUCCUCGAUUCUACGCCUUCCGUCAGGCGGACAAGAACGCAGCGAAAAGAAACCAAACGCAUGCACCUAGUGGAGCUUUCGCAGACGAACUGCAUGCGCGGCUGGAGAAACUCGUGCCUUCUGCCCAGUCGCAAACGUUCUCGCUCCCCGCUUCUGGAACUGUCUUCACCUAUGAGCCACCGAUGUUUUUGAGUGUCAUCGAAACUCGCCCCGUUCUCUUUGACAUCCUUUGCCUCUUCACCGCCGUCGCCUACUGCUUCACGAUCUAUUACUCUAUUGUCGGCUGGCACUUUGUUCUGCCUGCCAUCAGCAACUUGACAGCUUCAGUCGGUGCUCUCGUCGCAGGCGCAGGCCACGAGCGCCCGUCUCGAAAAGCGGCCUAG